AUGAGGAUAGGUCGUGCCGGCCACAAUGCCCAGUGGAUAACAACCAUCGCCACAUUCGGGAUGUCGCCCGUGGGAGGGAUGCCACACAAUGAGGUACCGAACACGAGUGCGGGAAGCCCGACCUCGCGGUUAGUCUCGCCGUCAAUAGCGCACUGGAAUCAGACAGACGAAGGAGAGACACAAGACGUGAACGAUGGAGAGACACAAGACAUAUUCGAAUCUUUGGUAAUGGAACCUCUACAUCAGGACUACGUGAAUCUCUGGGCAGUGCCUUUCUCGGAAGACUCAACAAUAUUUCCGGUGACGUCGCAGGCGGAGCCAGUGGGGGAGACCUCGCAGGAACGAUUGACCGGACCUUUGAGCGAAGCUUGCCCUGACCUUGUGAAUGAGGGUUUGUGGGAACCAUGGAUGGAAUCAAUACAGGAAACGAUGGUGGAAAGUUUGAGCGACCCUGUGAUGGAGGACACCACGUUAGGACCAUUGAUGGGAGCCUCAGAUGACUCCCUGGCGGAGAUUUUGAGGAGAGCCUUGUCAGACCUUCCGGGGCAACCCUGGCCGGAACCUGUCAUGGAGGUCCCGCUGGAGGCCCCGUUGGAGGCCCCGUUGGAGGCCCCGUUGAUAGAAAGCUCGAGAGAACGGUUGGUGGAAGCGCGGCCUGAGUCUUUGGCAGCAACCCCGCGCCAGAAACCAUUGGUGGAAGAACCGCUGGUGGCUGAACCUUUUGUGGGGCAAACCUGGAUGGGUCCUAAUUUAGUGCCUCGGGUGCUGUAUGGGUGCUUGGAGAUGGAGAAGGACCUCAAACCCGCACUCACUACACUUGACGAAAUCAGGAUUGUGAGGUUAGCUGAGGCCGCCUUAAGGGAUCUAGUCGAACGGGGAAAAACGGGGAAAGACGCGUCAAUUUCGAGAGAGCCUAUGUCAAUUUCUGAUUUCGACAGUUGUUCCUGGCGAUGGCUAAAACUGGCGUUGUUAAUGCAAGAGAGACAAGACGGUGGCUUGGUUUCAGAGUUAGAGAAUUUGGUCUCGAGGCCGAUUGGUUUAUCUGAUACCUGGUUUCUGGCUGGUGUGGUGCAGAAAUUCUUCUCGUCCUAUAAUUUAUCUAACUGGAUGCGCCAUACCGUGUCGUCGCAGGGCGGCUGGGGUUGCAGGAAGAUUAUUUUUCGUGUUUCCUUUCCAGAUGAUAUUGUUCGUUUACCGGAGAAUGAGGACUCCAUAAAACGCGUUUGCGCCUGCUCAAAGCUAGACUGGUGGUUCCGUCAAGCUCAUAGAAACAUUCGCAGUGAUGAAGAAACAUGGAAGGCAUCGGAACGGCCGGAGGCCGUCGCCGCUAUUCAACGUAUUCUGGGCAAGCAAGCAUUUGACGAAGCGGUAGACGCAAUGAGGAAUGUAAUACCGCCUCCGCGUCAUAUGAAGUUGUCGAAUCUGGCUUACCUAACUUGCUUAGUCAGACACGUUGAGACAGCUCCACCGAAACAAAUCAAGAUGAAAAUUAAAUGGAGAAGACGUGCUCCCAGGAAAACCCGAGGUCCUCAAGCCGUCCCUGGUCAUGAAGCCACCCGUUGUCGUGGGUCCUCCAUUCCGUCCAGCUCCAAUCCAACGCCAACUUGUUCGUCACUGGCUUUCGUUGAUGCAGAUAACUCGGUUGAUCCCGAUAGGUCGGUUGCUGAGGAGAUGACGGCCUUUAUGGCCCGCGUACUUGAAGACUGCGCGACGAAAGAGAAAAGCGAGGGAGUCAGUCAGGGGCGAGAGGAGAUGCUGAGUAUUGCCAGACUCGGCGUCAAGAACUUUCAGGCUGUCCUGUCCUCCGCAAAAAGGUCAGAAGAAAGUCCCUUUCGGAGUCGCAGCGCGAAGGGCUGCCCUUUCAACUCGUGUGGGUGGCGGUGGUUGUGCUUGGCAGGAUUGAUGAAUGACCACUUGGAGACGGAUGAGGUUCACCAAUUAAUUGCUGACAGUGAAAAGGUUGUACCGAGACCGGAAGAUGUGUCGCCGUUGUGGUAUCUGGCCUGUCGGAUGCAGGCCUGUCAGAGGACAAAUUGGCUGAAAGCAUCCCCGGCUUGGUGCGCAGUCAAUACUAUGAUUUACCGCGAUCAUUUCCCCGAUACGUUUGGUGAGCUGCCUACUUCUAAGAGGUCUGCCCGGCUUAUUUCCUUCAGCUCCAGAGCAGCACACUGGAUUGCAUCCGGAAUCCGCAAAUUCCAUCUGACCCGCAAGACAUGGUCACGUAGCCAAUAUCGCGACAUCGUGAAUAUCUUUCAAAUGGUUAUGGGAGACCACUGGUUCAGCGAAAUGAUCAAUAUAAUCAGGCCAAAGAUCUCUAAAAUUGUACCUGAUGAGGGCCCAGAACAAAUGAAGAAGCUAUCAGACAAAUCCAUCAUGGAAGCCGUCCUCAGGUACGCUCAGGUUGGUCGAAGACUCAGCUGCGGAUUCUGUCGAAGUUGGCAGUUUGAUGUUGCCCAAAAUCCCGAGAGGUCCGGUGGAAUCGCGGACACGAAUUCGUCUGAGGACGAAUGGCCCCCGGAAAAAGUACGCAGACUACUCACCUAG